AUGAAUUCCAAGAGUACACAAAACGAUUCAAGCAGCACGGAGCCAAAGGAAGGAAUCCACAAUCAAAAAAAAAAAGAACAGGAUGGAGUGAGGAACUCAAGGAAGAAGGCAACUGCGCCUGGUGUCGGUGGGAAGAAGGAGAGUGCAAAAGGUUCAGACCAGGCGAAGGGGGAGGAUGGACAGCGCGCAAGGCGCGAGCACAAGCCGAAGAUACAGGCCGUGAAGCCGAAGGAGGAAAUGGAAAAAACAAAUGUAGAGACUGAAAAAACAAAUGUAGAAAUGGAAAAACAAAUUGUGGAAAUGGCAGAACCAAAUGUGGAAGGGGCAAAACCGAAGGUAGAAACGGCGAAAUCGAAGGAGUCACCAAAAAUGAAAGAUGAGGCGCAAAUCCCCGUCGGGUACAACCACGACGCGACCGAGAGCAUCGAGAACCUGUGCAAGGAGUUCGAUCUCCACGACCUGAAUUCAGGUCUAACGACGGAGCAAGUAAAAAUAAACAGAGAAAAAUAUGGAGAAAAUUACAUCGAAAAGGAUGAUGCAACACCAGUAUGGUUGAUAUUCCUAUCCCAAUAUUACAGUCCUGUGGUGGUACUACUCUUAGUUGCUGCUCUGGCAAGUUUAGUUCUGAAUGAAAUUGUGGAAGGAGUUGCCAUCAUCAGUAUAGUUACUCUGAAUGCCUGUCUAGCUACGUAUAUGGAAAAGUCCUCAGGCGAUGCUAUCGCAAAGUUAGCAGAAAUGGCAUCCCCUCAAUGUACGGUUUUACGAAAUGGCAAUAAAAUUGUUAUUCCUUCUAGAGAAGUAGUGGUCGGUGACGUAGUCAUCAUCAGUACAGGAGAUUCUAUAUCAGCUGACUUAAGAUUAACAGAAGUUAUUGAAUUGAAAACCAAUGAAAGUUUGCUAACGGGAGAGUCAGAAGAUAUAAAGAAGACCUUAACUCCAGAUGAUUGCACCACCCCUUUUGCUACCAAUUUGUGUUUCGCAACCACAUCUGUUACCAACGGUUCUGGUAAAGGGAUAGUUACUGCCACGGGAUUAAAUACCCAGGUAGGGAAAAUCGCCUCUCAAUUGAAAAGAUCAAGUAAGGGAAGUAAAUUAACUCCUCUACAAGUAGCGUUGAACAAGCUUGGAGGUCUUAUAGGUCUUAUUGCCAUUAUCGUGUUGGUGUUUAUUAUAUCCUUGGCUGUACUGAUUAAUUAUAGAGACCCGGCACAUGCCGAUAAGGAUCCCAUCCUUGUGAUAAUUAUAAUUGGUGUGGGUUUUGCAGUUUCAUCCGUCCCAGAAGGAUUACCGAUGGUUGUUACAAUUACCCUUUCUGCGGGAGCUAAAGAUAUGGUUCGAAAAAAUGCUAAUGUUCGUAAGUUACCCGCUGUGGAAACGCUAGGAUGCUGCUCUGUCAUAUGUUCAGACAAAACAGGAACGCUGACGGAAGGAAAAAUGACAGCCAUCAACGCCGUAACAUUUGCAAAGAACUCAUCUUUAAGUGAUAAAAAUAAUAAUUUGACUAAGACAUUUGAUUUUUAUCCUACGAAAGGGUUCGAACCUUAUGGUGGAUUAUUCGAUUCAGGUAAAUUAACAAAUGAAUUGAAGAAAAAAAUUGUCAUCGCGAAGAAUCAAAACAUAUCUUAUGAUUCCAUUUUGUACGAUUAUGGAAAUCCCAAAAAUGAUUCCAUAGAUGUGAAGAAAACCAGGUCCCUCAUGUUUGCUGCGUACCUGAACUCAUACGAUACUACCUUGGCGAGAGAUCCAAAAACUUCCAAAUGGACCAUUCAUGGAAAUAUGAGUGAAGGACCCAUAGUAGUGGCAGCAGCGAAGGUUGGGUAUAGCUUCAUCACAGACGACAGUCAUCAUUCUGACGUCAAGGAGUACACAAGAUUGGAUGAUUUAGAAGUUACCUUUAACUCAUCCAGAAAAAUGAAAAUAACUUUUUAUAAAUUGAAGAAGGAAAACAUGUUUGAGUAUAUCCAUUUGGAGAGAACAGGAAAGGUGUUCACCCACGUUGCUCUGAUCAAGGGUGCCCCAGAUAAACUACUGGAUAGAAGCACGCACCUUUUGGAGGAAUCCCCCAAGGGACCGCAAAUCUGUUGGAGUGCCAAAAUUAGCGAAAACGAGAAGGAUGUAUUAGCCCAAAAAAAUCUGGAAUUAUCGCAGAAGGCUUUGAGAGUUCUGGCUGUUUGCAUUAAACCACUAACAUCUGAACACAUAUCUUUGUUGAAAAGUUUAGACGAUGCUGAUGAGCGACUGAAAUUUGUCACGACCGAUGAGGAUAGCGGAUUCAUCCCGUUGGGAUACGUUGCCGCGUUCGACCCACCAAGACCAGGAGUGAAGGAAGCCAUCCAGACCUGCAGAGAUGCCCAAGUGAAAGUUAUCAUGAUCACAGGGGAUCAGAAACCGACUGCCAUUGCGAUCGGGAAGCUCAUUGGUUUGAUAGGGGAGGAUAAGGCAGGUCAAGCGGACCAGGCGGAUGGCCAUGGCGACCGGGCAAACGAGGCAGACGCACAGGCUAUCGAAUGCUCAGAGCUGCACAUUAACAAGAAUCCGAAUGAGCCCGUAUUACCGGAUGACCAAUUAGAUGCAUUCACAGAUAAAAUACUGAUAUACUCAAGAGCCCAACCUGAGGACAAAAUCACCAUAGUACAAUCCCUGAAGAGGAAAGGCUACCUAGUCGCAAUGACAGGAGAUGGAGUCAACGACGCACCAGCUUUGAAAGCAGCAGAUAUAGGAGUAGCCAUGGGAAUAAACGGAACGGAGGUAGCGAAAGGUGCAUCUGAAAUGAUUCUAAUUGAUGACAACUUCUGUACAGUUGUUAGCGCGAUAGAUGUAGGAAGAACCAUCUUUUCUAAUAUACAAAAAUUUGUUUGCUUCUUGUUGGGUACAAAUAUUGGAGAAAUACUUUACCUUUCCAUAGCCAUCGCAGCACAGAUGCCUUUCCCAUUGGAGGCGCUUCAAAUCCUAUUCCUUAAUUUAAUGACAGAUGGAUGUCCAGCAGUAGCUCUAUCGAGGGAGCCACCCAACCACGAUAAUAUGAAAACACCACCCAGGCCAAAGAAGCAACCAAUAAUGACCAAAAAAUGGUGGUUCUAUGGAAUCAUUCCUCAUACAGUUUUCGAAGCAUUAUGUGUCCUCGUAUCAUUGGCAUUUUCUCUCUACAUUUGUACAGGAAGUUAUACCCUGAAUGAUAUCCAUAGCUCUUGCCGAACGGUUAGUUUUCCAAAUGUUUCAGACGAAUCAAUCAAGCAUGAGUACAAAUACUUUUGCAGUACUUAUGAAUAUAGAGUGUCGCCAGACUACGUGGGAUGGAUCACGAACGUAAAUUUCUGGCAUCCUAAGAAGAAUAAAACAGUUACUUUUUGGGGAGCUGCAAAAGGGAAAGUAAAAAAUAUAACUCCAACGUCGAUAGAAGUACAUCCAGAAAUACGAACCAUAAUGGAAGAUGGUUGUCCAGGUGAUUUAGAAACAGAUGAAUAUGGAUGGUGUAGACCAAAGUCAAAUAUUUAUGUUAGUGGAAAGGAUCAUGAACUUCCACAUGGAGUUUUUCGAAAGAAUUUUGAAGACGUUGCUUCUAAGGGGUCUAAGAGAGGUAGAACCAUGGCAUUUAUUUCAGCCGUUUGGUGUGAAAUGUUGAGAGCUUAUACUGUCCGCAGUUGGGAGCCUUUUUACAAAGUAUUUAAUAGAAAUAUGUGGAUGCAUCUGGCUUGUAGCAUUUCUGCUACCUUGACUUUCUUGUCUACCUGCAUUCCGGGAAUCACUUCCGUCCUCAACACCACUUGUUUGCUCUGGUGGCAGUACCUCUUGGGAAUUUCAUGGGCUCUUCUUAACAUGCUGCUGGAUGAAAUAGUGCCCAAAGUCAUCUACCGCAGGAGGUACAUGUCAGUGAAGAAGUAA